CGAGCGUCACAUUGCCUGCCUGCCUGCCAGAGUUCCUUCUUCUUGGUUCGGGCUUUCGGCAGGGAGGAAUUGGACCAGCCGACAACGACGACGACCACCGACCACCAACCGAAAAGUGUUCCAAGCGGCCGAGAUCAGAUCAGGCGGACUCUAGGACGUGUGUGGACGUAACUAGUAGCAGCAAGCACUACAUGGCUCCGGAGCCUCAGCGCGCGGGCGAGCCACGAACUUCCUAGCUCACGAAGGCCGAAGGCAGAGUAUUAUACAAAAUCUUUUCAGUUUUUCCCUAAAUUUCAAAAAGUAAUAAACAACAAACAACCAAAAUCAAGCAACUUCUCUGAUUCGUCUUAAAAACAAAACAAAAAGAAACACACAACUAAAAAAAAAUAAACAGAGAAAAAAAGUUCGCCAGUACAGAUUUUUGUAUUCUGAAUCGGGUUUUCAUCAACUUCUACUUUUGAACAUUGAGUGAACAAACGAAAAAAAAUUGAUUCAACUUUUAACAUGAUUGGACUUUUGACAAAUCAUCUACGACACACGGUAGAAGAAGAACAGUUUGAGUGAGUGUCCUAACUUCAUUACAAGCGGCCGAUCGGAGGAGAAGAUGAAAACGGGGAAAAAAAAUCUAACACGAUAACGUGUUAAGUUGACGAAGUAGGCGCAAAGCAAAAUGUAAACAAAGUUUUCUGAAAAAAAAAUUGCGAUUUGAAAAAAUCAAAUCAAGUGAAGAUAGCAAAAGUUAUUGGAAAAAAAACAAACAUUCGCCUACUGUGAGUGUGUUGGUGCGACCAAAACCGAAUCAGCGCGCACUAAGCAAGUGGAAGAAAAAAUGUGCAGCUCCAAGGGCCAAUCAUCGUCGAUUGCAACGCCACCGCCGCCUUCAACAGUUGCGUCUAGUACCAUUGUUCCUGUUCCAAGGAACACACGCAAAAGCUCCUCACCGAAGAUCAUACGAUAAUCAUCGACCCAAUCGGAUCCGUUCGGACAAUUUUUUCGAUUUUUUUUUUAAAACAAAAUUUAUAAAAAAAUCGAAGCAAUCCGAUUGUUACUAACUUUUGGACCAAAAUCCGUGUUGACGUUUACCUGAUUUGCGAAAACCCAAAAUUGCAACACUCAACACGAACUCAACCAAACCGGGAUAACGACGUGUGAUCGUAGAAGUUUCGGAAGUGAAAAACAACCUGCAACAACAAAGACAAUCGAUCGUUGCUGUUGGUGCGUGCGUGAUCGUUCGUUCGUGUCGGGCUCGUGCGGCUCUCGGUUCGUAUUUCGUGAUUCUUUGUGUUCAGUUUUCCGUUUUUCGUGUCGCGUCGCGGAAGUUUCGGGUUGCCGUGAGUGAUUUCGUCUCGGACCCUUAGCGCUCGGAUUAAGGUGCGUGUCCCCAAUUGUUACUGAUGCCCUUCGACAGUGUUUAAUUCCCUUUCGCUUACCUAAUAAAUCUCGCAAAAGAAAAAGGUUUGGCGGUUCCCGCCAAAUGCGUCGUGCUAGUGACGACGCGUGGUGCGGUUGUUAUUGCUGGGUGCCUUUUGCGCAAUUGCAAACUGGUGGUGCGUGCUUGCGGGCGUGCGUGCGUGCGUGCGUGAAUAAUUGUUGAACGACCGCAGCAGCAUCACCCGCCUCAACGACGACAGUGAUUGGUGCGUCCCAAUUUUUUUGUGCGCGAAUACCGUAAACCGGGAGAAAGGAAAGCGUCUCCCGGUCUUCAGGUAUCGUUUGCUGUUGCUGCUCUGUGUUGAUAAACACCAUCAGGAUAAGCCGGGUUCGUGCUUGGACGGCUUACAAAAAAAAUAUCCAAACGAACCGCCAGCCCCAGCCAAAAGCCCGUUGAAAACCUUUAUGGAGUGCUGGACGGGUGACGCCCGCUUGGCGAGAUUUUGCGAUUAAGCAGCGUAAGCUGUCACCGACAUGGGCAGUGAGCAUUACUGCUUGAGGUGGAACAAUCAUCAAUCCAACCUGUUAGGGGUGUUUAGCCAGUUGCUGCAGGACGAGAGUCUGGUGGACGUAACACUAGCUUGCUCAGAGGGCGCCUCCAUCCGAGCCCACAAGGUUGUACUCUCGGCCUGUUCCUCGUAUUUCCAGACGCUCUUUCUCGACCAUCCCGCCCGGCACCCGAUUGUGAUCCUGAAGGACGUCCGCUUCGCCGAGCUCCGCACGCUGGUCGACUUCAUGUACAAGGGUGAGGUGAAUGUCGAGUACUGCCAGCUGUCGGCGCUGCUCAAGACGGCCGAAUCGCUAAAGGUUAAGGGUCUGGCGGAGAUGACCAACCAAAACACGGCCCUUGCCGAACCGAAGCGAGAACCCGAACGCCUCAGACCUCACAGUCACAGUAGUGCCCAUGCGAGCGCAACGGCCACCAGCCUGACCUCGACGUCCACACCGUCGUCGGCCCCGUCGGGGAUGCUAACGACCGGAACAUCGGCUGUGUCCCCGCAUCACCAUCACCAUCCCUCGCUAGGAUCACCCACCAGCAAUGCGGCAACGGCAGCAGCCGUGGCAGCAGCGGCCGCCUCCCUCGGAAUCACAGAUCUAUCCUCAGCCAUCGGCAAGUCCCGGGGCCUGGACCCGGACGGGAGGAGUCCUUCGCCCACCCGACUUGAUCCGCCCUCGCCCUCCACCCCAUUAGCGCUAAGUAAACAUCGUGACCAUACCACUCACCACAGUUCGGUAUCCUCAUCGGCAACUACUACCAUCACAACGGCAGCUGCGGAACGAUCCUCGGAAGAGCGAGAACUAGGCGAAACGAACAGCAAACCCCUGCUAUCGAACAGUACUAACCUUAAGCAGAACAACAUCUCGGACUCGGAUCGAUCCACGCUCAACGAUAGCGGGAGUCGGAGGAGGAAAUCCAAACGACCACGCAUGGGAGACGAUGACGGUGGCGGUGGAGACGAAGACGACGACGAUCAGGCUAACGAUGACGGGAACAACGUAUUGGCGCACGAAGCAGGACUUAUCAACAGCGAAAUGACGGACCAUCUGCUGCAGCACUGUCGAAGAUUGAGCGAGGAGCAAGAACGAAGGCGUAGCGCUACCGCCAACAACAACAACAACUCGGACGAUGACUACGAACCCGCUAUCAAGAUCAAAAGUGAAAUCGAAUUCUCACCGCUGUCAGGACUGAACAUGACGAUCAACUCGACUUCGGGUGGUGGGCUGGUCAACAGCUCGGCUGGCUUGCUCGGUACGGAUCUGAGGCCUUCGUCCCGGGACAGUGGAGGUCGAACGCCGGUAGCGUGCAGCUCGACUACGACGUCGUCGCUGGCAAUGGGUGCUGGUGGCAACGGGAGUGGUGGCCUUAUGGCCGGCCUGGAUCAGCGAAGUUCUCCCCGAUCGCAACGGGAUCGAAGCGAGCGGAACACCUUCGGGAGCGGGGGCAUACCGAGCCCCCUUUCGGAACCGAUAGCGGGACCGUCCGGGAUGGGACCGGUGCAGCAGGUUCCACUGUCCUUGAAAAAGGAGAUCGACUGGGACCGAGGGGAUGACAAAUCGUCCGGCGACAGCUCCCUGGACUUUCGGCAUCCGCACGAUUCGGAACCAUCAGAACCGCACGCCGCCGGCGGCAAUGUCUCUGGUCUCGGGGGUCUCUGCCCGAGCAGCAGUCUCGGAGCGGGGCCACCGUUGGGUCUAGGCGGCGGCAGUGUGUCGGCAGGUGCCGGUGGUGUUGGGGUUAGCAAUCUGGGUGCUGGGGGUGGCUCUUCAUCCGUCGGCGCCGGCCAGGAUCAGAUGCCCGGGGGAAGUCCUGGGCCGAUCUAUCCUUGCAUGUACUGCGGAGCCACCUUCCAGAACCAGACCAAACUGACACGGCACAUCCUGUCCCAUUCGCUGGAAACGCUCAAGUACCGGGAGACGGCCGCCCUGCACAUACACCCGUCGCACCUGGCUCUGCUGCAGCAGCAACAUCACGAGCUGACGGCUCAGGCGCAACAUGCAGCGGCCGCCGCUUCCCUAGGGGUGCAAUCCUCUUCCUCCUCGCCCUCGUCCCUGGUGACUUCGCCGCACUUUGGGCCGCACCGGACGGGGCCACCGCUAGAUCAGCUGCUGGAACCGCCGGAUGGUGCCUCCCAAAUGGAGCUGGAAUUUGCUGCCGCGGUGGCUGCGGCCGCUUCUGGAAAUGCCGUCGGAGCCGGUGCCGGCGAUCAGGGCAAUGUGGUGCUGUGUAAGUUCUGUGGUAAAAGUUUCCCGGAUGUGUCGUCGCUGAUCACGCAUCUGCCGGUGCACACCGGAGAUCGCCCCUUCAAGUGCGAGUUCUGCGGCAAGGCGUUCAAGCUGAGGCAUCACAUGAAGGACCACUGUCGGGUGCAUACUGGUGAGCGGCCGUUCCGCUGCGGCAUGUGCGGCAAGACGUUCUCCCGCUCGACGAUCCUGAAAGCGCACGAAAAGACGCACUACCCCAAGUACGUGCGGAAGUUCCUAUCGCCGUCGCCGAUCGACGGGAAGGACGACUCGCCCCAAUAGUGGGACGAUCUGCACCUGCUGAACUUCCUCCUGCUCUACAACCUGCAGCACCAUUGUGAUAUGUACGGCUUCACCUGAACCUGACGCGCAGCGGAAAAUCAAGAUGGCGUCGCCGCUUGGAACGGCGGAAACAAACAAAUUUCGAUAAAAGAAAACAAACAGCAGGAUCAAUGCAGCAGUGGCAAAUUUCCUAGAGGGAAUGGAAACUGAACAACCACAAAAAGAAAACUAAAAACAAGCAAAACUAAAGCGUGAUGCGACGCACAGGGGGAGCACCCGUACACUUGAAAAACAAAAUAAGAAAAAAAAAAAACAUAAACAAAAAUAAUUUCUAAACUUACGCGCAUACACUUAUAAUGUUAGGAACAAUGAAAAAAAAAACUACCAUACGGAACAACAAGAGAAGCUAUUACAAAACUAACCACACACACAAACAAACAAACAAACAAAAAACUCUUUAGGAUACUGUUCCCCUUUGAUGGUUCUCCACAACUACUUAGUUGGGGAUCCCCCGUUUGUUUUCCUUUGCCUUUACCCUUAAAACCUAUGCCUCUCAAACGAUUAUGCACACUUUGUUAGUUUGCUACACUGAAGAAAAUUCAUGCUGAAGAUUUAUGCGAUUUUUCACCCAACUUUUACGUGAAAAUUUUGACAGGUCUAAAUAAGCAGUAAAUUUCCAAAGACAAGUCCAAGAUCAUCGGCAUGAAUUUUCCUCUCAGUAUAAUUUGAGUGUCUUUCGUUUGACAGGUUCGAACCGAAAAUCAAAAACACCUACAAAACCCUACAAUAUUUUGUUUGUUUUACCUUUUCUUAUAGUAUCAGUUUUAAGGCAGAUUUUUUCAUAUAUUAUUCAUAGCGAAAUGGUGCGGGUGGCGCCUUUGCGAAAAGUUGUCACCCAAAAACACACAAUAGCAAAGCAAGAAAGGCAAAAACAAAACCAAUACUACCAGCGCAGACACAUACAGACUCAUACAGCAAACAAAACACCCCCGAGACGAACCAUUUUUGCUAACUUUUCGCUAAAGAAUGUGAUUUUCGGUAAAAGAGAAGCAUUACGUUCCUUAUUAUCUGUAGAUGAUUUUAGUUUUUAGAAGCAAACAUACGAUUGAAUUACCACUGUUUUAGUGAAGCUCCAAUUGGAAUCCAACAAGCGUUAGAAACUAGACGAGAUCUAAUGAUAAUAAUUACCUAAAUAAUAAUUAUAAUAAUAAUGCAAUUGUGUACAUUGUUGCUCCCGGAAGGUGUGGACGACAGAAUUAUACACUGGCGGAAAUUGGAAUGCGAGAAGCGAAAACGUUUUCCGGAAAGACAGAUAGACAAGACCGAACAGAAGAGAAAGAAAAAAAAAACAAAAGCAAACACACAACAAAACAACAAUCAUCAUCUAACAGUUCUAGAUCUAAAUUCAAAUCGAAAGCCCAGCAUCAUUGCAUUGCAGAAAUAGUAAUAACAAGGUAGUAGAAAUUUAGGCAAAAAUAACUCUAGUUGCAUAUCAUGAGAAGAGUAUCACAUACACUGACUAAAUUACUCAGAUUGAAAACAAAUGAAAACGAAGGAAAACUUUUGACUUCUAGAUUUGAAUUAUAAUAUUCAAGUUUCGGUUAUAAUAUCUUUAGUAUCUAAUCUAAUCCAAAAAAAAGAAACAACAAAACAAGCCAUCGAAGGUGGAGGAGAUUUUCAAAAUUAUUCGUUUAGGCCUUUUCUUAAUUGAAAACAAACAAAAAAAACCUUUCUGCGAUUGGAAACCAAAGUUCAAAAUUCUAUUGUUUCGGCAAAACGUGUUGUGAUAAAUAAUUUAAAAACUAAAACAAAACCCUAGUUCAAAUUUACGUUAUAAUGUUAGGUGAGAUUUCCUCCUAAGUAUUUGUUGAUGAGUAAGAUUAGUUGAAGCAAAGCUAAAUUCUAUCCAUAAAACGGCGGCUUUUUCUCCCGGCCAAAAUCAAUCAAAUGCGGCGAACAUCAGCGGAGCUAUUUACGGCUUGAAAACAUAAUUAAAAGGGAAAAACACCGGGAGAAAAGGUCUGGCCGAAGAGUUUUGAUUUAUCUAUUCAUUUGCGUAACCAUUGGCUGUGAUUAAAAUGAACAAUUUACGUUUAGAACCUGAGUAUGUAUUAAGUAACUUAACUAUAGGGCACUAUUAUCGGCACUCGUUUGGAACUUCAUGGAUCUCAAAAUUCAAUGUGAUUGAUCAAAUCAAAAACAAACUCCAAUUAUUAGGCAUACGCGAGAGAUUGUGUUCAAAAUUAUUCGUUAUCGUACAAAAACCAAAAUCUAAAACAACUUCCCCCCCUUUUAGGCUUAAACUGUUCAAAAUUAUUUACCCUAUAUAAGUUAUUUAAUAUGUUAAGUAUGGCCGGAAGGCACCGGAAUCGAUCCGGGCCCUCCGAGCGCUUUGCUUUUUUGGCGUUUUUAAUCAACAAAAGAGAAAAACGUAAAUUAUAAAUCAAAUCUUAAACAAAGCAAAAAAGAAAAGAAAACAACACGCACAUUUCUCCUCCACUUUGAAAUGAGAAAGGAAUCGACAAAGAAGAAAAAAAAACUAACCAAGAAAGUAGGAUUAAAAAAUGUUCGCAAAAUUCAACUCAAAACAAAAGCAACAAAAUUCUCAAUUUGUUUUCACCCUUCGAAUGUAGAGCAAGUUUGAAGGAAAGCCAAACAAAAAAAAAUGUAACUAAAUCUGAAGCACUCACAAACAACAACAAAAAUCAUCGUCACUUAUACAUUCCAUUAACCGAAAAUUCAAACAAAACAUAACAUUUUUCACCGAUCAAAAGUAAUCGUUUUUUCAUGGCACACAGUUCAUUUCAUUAAAAAAAAAGUCAGAAAAUAUAAAAUUAAAAUUUAUCGAAAUGCUAGCGAUGAAAACGACUAAAAAUUAUAAUGCAAUUUACUUCAGUGUUUUUCGAAAUGUGAUUUAAAUUUAACGUUUAGAGUUUGCUUGAUUUACCGUGUAAAUUUUCACUGUCAAAUUUUUUUUUCUAUCAAAUCAACCAGAUUACACUACUGAUUUGAAAAAAAUUGUAAACAGCAUUUUCAAAAUUUUCUUUGGUUUUUUUUAAAUACUGAUAUCUACAACUUAGCAUGUCGCUUAGCAUUUUUUCGAACGAUUCGUGCAGCUUACGAUUACCAUCAUUCGGCAAUUGGAACUUUUAAUCGGUACGGAACAAUUCGUCUUUCAACGGCAUCGCAGGGUCGGAGUAGGAAGGUAGGGAAAGGAAAGGGACAGGCUGUAGUGGAUAAUAGUUCCAAAAAUAUUUUUAUUUUCCUCUUCAUGUGUUUACCAUAGCUGAAAGUUCCUUUUUGUUAAUAUUCUGUUGUUUAGUAUAAUUUUUAACUUAAAUUAUUAAAUUUUUGUUUACUGUUUUACACAAACACAAACGCAUAAACCAGCAAAGAGACAGUGCUAUUUUGUGUUAGCUGGUGGGAGCGAGACGAACCGAAAACAAGGAAGCAUCCCAUUCGAAUUACCAGAAAAGGAAACGAAAAUUAAACAGGCAACACUUCUACACGCUUGAGGGAGAAAUUUACAUACAUAGGUACAUCAAUACCCAGACACAAACAAACAGAUAAAACAAGCAGAUGAGAACUUAGAAAACGUACAGUUAUGGAUUCAGAUUCCCGUCGCCAUCGGCGGCCGAGAAUCCGGAUAGCAGGUUAAGCCAGAAAUAUAAAUAUAUUUAUUUUUUCAUAUAUUUACAUACUAACUUUUCAACAAAUUGCAAAACAGUAAAGUAGUGGAAUGACAAAAGGAAAACUAACAAUAAACUGAUUUGAAAUUUGAAAACUGUUUAACACAUACAAACGUACAUCUAUACAUAUGUCAUGAUCAUACACACACAAUAGAAAUAAACAGGAAUGGCAGACGGUUGAGAGAAGAAAAAACAAUAGUCUAUAUCUAUUGCGAAAAAUGUUGGGAGGCAAAAUUGAGAAUUUUGUUCUAAUGGAUAAAAUUUACAGCACAGCGUUAAGACUGUGGAUAAGGCAAGCGAAACAAAGCGAGUCGUUUUGUUCAGUUUGAUUAGAAGUUUGAUAAGGCGAAAAUAGAACUCGUGUGUAUAAAGUAAGCUAUUUGAAGUAAAAAAAAUCAAUUAUUAUUAUACUAAAUCUAUUAUACAUACACACUUAGAAAAUAUUUUAGUUUUAUUACAAUAAACUCUAGUGCUAAGGUAAGAAACAAAAAGAAAGCAAGCAUAGCAAUAAUUAUCACUUACAAUAUCUUGCAGAAAAAAAAAACAAAUAAAACGGAAUAAACCGUAGAAUUUAAACAAUAAGAUAAUAGAACAUAUUUAUAUGAAUAUAUUAUACCUUUUAUAUGAAAGCGUGAAAACAGACAAAAAAUCAGCAUAUAUUAAUAAACAUUAUCGAAUGAUUCACAGAUGCAAAAACAAAACAAAAACAACCAGCCAAUCGGCUCCUCAAUUCAACCACACAUCUACACACAAAAAAGACACCUCAUCGUACUCACACCAAGUGACACCUUCAUCGUUCACAAAAUUUAAAAACAAAAAAAAACAAAAAUUGCUUCCAAGAGUGCACACACACAUUUGAAGAAUAAUAUCCUCUUGUAGCCCGUUUUUCGAUUCAACAACCUUCGGGCUAGUGUUUUUCGCAGUUUUGGGUAAAAAUAAAUAGAUUUAUAAAAUGCAAUUAAAGCUGCUUCAGUUUUGGUAUCAUCCAAUUUUCAGAAACUGAAAACAAACGAAAAAAAACUACAUCCACAAAUUGCACAUACACAAUUAACGGAAUUUUCCUGUAAUAAAAACCUGUCAAAAACACAAUUCAUGACCCCUUUUAAACACGCCCACACACACACGAAAACACGUAAACAAAUUUGACUGAGAAAUUGAAGCUUUCAAAGUCGGGAACAGUGUUGCCAACCUUUCCCCCAAAAUGGUUGAUGUGCGGGUCUGAUGAGGCAGCCGCGAAAAGUCUCGUUUCUCGGUCGGAUUUGUAGCUUAGAGUGCCUCUAAACAUUAAACAAAAAAUAUGUGAAAGUUUAAAACACAAAACUUUGCGACACAGACAGAGAAAGAGAGAUAUUCAAACACAGGAUACUAGGAGCAAAAACAUAGCGUUAUAAAAUGGCAGAUAAAGCAGCAUAAAUACCGAAAAAAAACAUCAUUAAUAGAUUGUAAGAGAAGCGUUUGCACAUAUACACACAUACACAACCACACAACAACACACUCAUGAAAUCUUAAAUAGAAUUGAGAAAAUGAGAACAGCACCAACACCCUCGUUCAUCAUAGUAGACAAUGCGGAAGAAACCGAUUUGCAGAAAAAAAAAACAAAACGUUCGAACAACACACACGCUCACAAAAAAGUACGCAUCGGCGCAAGAGAGGACCGAAAUUCUCACAAUACCAAAAAAAAAAAUGCUUUGGCGUUAAAAAGUAGAAAAAAAACAAACAAAAAAUCUCAACUUUGGCAAGUAUAGAAGCUGGAGACGAAAACAAAAACAAAAACCUAACUGAAUCGCUUUCCUCAGUUGAUUGAUUCCAUAGUUCGAAGACGAAGCAAAAAUUCAACAACAUGUAAUGAAGAUACACAAUAAUCUGUGAUUUUGAUAAUAACAAGAGGUGAAGUUAAAAAAAAAAAAAACAAAACACAAACAUAAAUUAACAAGACAAGUUUGGAAGAAUUUUUAGGGAAAAAUGAAAAAAUUUUGGGCAAAACAAAGUGGUCAAAAUUCAAAAUUAUCCGCUUGACUGCGGAUGGAGACGAAAUUAAGAUAGAGAAAACAAAAACGAUUGGCUGUAACCCUUCGGAACUGAGCUUUAUUUGGCAUUCAAUCCUUUCGGCAAACGAUUCUAGUCAAAAUUCAAAAUUUACACCAAAAUUAUAGCUUUAUUGUUAUCUUGAUUAUCGCCUGUUCAGUUUGUUUAGGUUGAAACACUUUUUCGGCAUAGAUAUUUAGAAGGAAAAAAAAAAAACAAUAUAUUAAACUAUGAAAUUUAAUAAGAUUAAAUAUAAUAUUGCACACUUUCAGAAAAAGGGAGUAAAAACAAACAAUUAGUUGACGCUCUACGUUUAGAACGAAACAACAACAAAAAUUAUAAAACAUAAAUCACUAUGAGUAAAACUUAGUUCGAGUUUGGAUGGUCUACUUUGUAAGAGUAAAAAAUAUUUAGGGGCAAGUGACACACACAUACACAUGUAUGGAGGCGAAAGAUUCACAGGGUGGCUAAUAAAAGAACAAAGCAGAACGAAGCGAACGGUGCGCUGGUUUAAGGAAUCAGGAAACGUUUCUCGAAAAAAAAAACAACAACCUAGUAAACAGUUAAUAGAAAAAAACAAAACUACAAGAAGAUACCGCAUUUGGUUUACGUUUCUUCUACAGAAAAAAAACACACGGCGAGGCUCUUAUCGUACCUUUCUUCUAUAUGUUAGUAUAGGGUUCUCUAGACUAGAAAUAACAAACCGGAUCAUUCAAAGGAACAAUAAAUCAACACAUGUACAUGAUAUUUGUUGAAAUGAUCACAAAAGUUGUUCCACAACCGAACCAAUCCCGGAAAUGUUUCAAAUAUUUGUUUUUCAAAUUCAUUAAUUCGUUUCACGAAACCACACACACACAACUCUUUCAUACACAAAACGAUACAGAAGAAGUAAAAUAACCGAUGAAAUAAUGGUAAUAAAUAGCUCAGGGCAACUCAAAUUCUUCCAUAAUAUAUCAAUAGAGAAGCAAGACGAAAUUAAAAUGAUUAAUUUGAAGUGCGAAACAACAACAUAAACACACAUCAGAACCUAAAGUAAAGUAAAAGCACACACACUCAAAUACCUAUUGACAAAAAAAAUCCACAGCAAACUGCGAUCAUUUUACCCAACCGUAUAAACAAAAACAAAUCCGAAGCCUUUGCAUAUAUGAAACCAAAACAGUUCAAUGUUAUUGUUUACUGUUUUUUGUUACAACACUUUUCAAACAGUUUUCCCUUUACGUUUGUUACUUGUUCAGCGAUCCGAUGCCACUAAAUAAGCUGAAUAGUGGCAACGGAAUAACAAUAGAUAAAAACCAAUAGUAAACGUGCUACUCCCGAGUACACUGGCUGCAUCCUGGCACUAGGAAAGUCGGAAAGACUUCCCAAACUGUAUAACUGUUGCACCGAUCUGUCAUACUGAGAACUGUUAUACCGCAACAAAAACAAACGAUAAACCCGUUCGAAACGAAUCACAAAUGAAUUUAAAAGCAACGCAAGCGACCUCCAAUCCUUUGUUUCCGAUCGAUUGAACAAUAGAUUUUCAAUAACAGUAAAACAAACAUAAAAACAACAACAAACAGAUCCGGAUAAAGUGAAGCAACACAAGUGUUCUUUCAAUUUAAGCGUAAACAAACCGAUGAACAAACAAAAACAACACGAGCAAAACAGGGUUAAUCCGACUAGCCGAGAUUAGGACAGUCUGUUGAACGCACUUGUUCAAUCAACUAACCAAUACAACAAAACGGACUUUAUUUGCAAUAGUUAAACGAUUAUUAUUAUUAUACCGAAUAUAUUAGUAGCAGAAUACAAACAAAUAAAUGAAACAACCACAAACUGUGAGAUAUAAAACUGUAAACAAUAGAACUGGUGAUUUUUUUUACAUACAUACAAUACAAUUCAAUACAACACAGCAACCAAUAGUAGAGCAGAGGAAGCAAAUGUUAAUUGUGAGCAAGUUAGUGCAACGACAACAACAACAAUAACGGAACCAUUGUUGACUGUUGGGAGACUCGAGCGGGUAAAACCUGUACUGCAAGAAUUGAUAGCGCAACGUGAAACGAUAGCGGAGCGAAAAAACUGUAAACAAAAUCUAACAAUAACAGGAACUGUUGUAAAAGAUUAACAAAACAUUAAUAGGAACAAUAAACAUGCAACAAAACCGGAUUAGGUUUCAAUUUUUGAGACACACCUCCAUCCCAUAUUGAACGACUUCAAACACAAUCCCGAAUAGGUAGGUGCAGAACAAUUAACAAUUGAAACAGUAAAAAACAAACAGGAAGUAAACAUGUAGAUAUUACUUUACAUAUCAGUUUUCUUUUCAUUUUUUUUCUUCAAUAGAACUGUUUCAAAGUAUAAUAGAUAAAUGGUCGGUGAAAGGUGGUUAAAUGUUGGAUGUUUGUGAUAAGCACAGUUCUACGCCGAAAGUAAUAAUUUUGUAAGGGUUUUCGUUCGGUUCUCGCGGUCAUCUGAAGAAGCAAGGCAAAACUUCACGCUUAACAGCUCCAAACACUCUUUGUUUGGCUUCUUUCAGCGUCCUUAUUAAAUGUUUACAAACGUACCUAUUGUUAUUUUUAUCGUUUAACAGCAUGUUUCAGUUUACUCGGUUGCCGUUCGGUGCUAAUUCUGCCCCGGAACUCUUCCAAAGUGCAUUGCUCUUUGGAAGAGUUCCGGGACAAAAUUAGCACCGAACGGCAAUCGAGUAAACAAAAACAAGCUGUUCAACGAUAAAAAUGACAUUAGGUUAAUCUGACUGGAGAAAUAAAUAUGAUUUUCUACAUAAUUUUUUCCUUAAAUUUCCGAAUCAAAAUUUUAAAAAUUCUAUUUUUUGACUCCAUUAUCAAACAUCAAAAAUACCACAAAGCUCUUCUACAACAGAACCAACAUUCAAUCACUAUUGCCGACCAUAACCGUAACCCAAUCAAUAGAAAAAGUUCAACUUAACCAAUCCAAUACAGUAAAUCCCAUAGGAAAAGAUUGAAAAUCAGCUAACCCAGAUGUAAAUCAAGUAGAAUAAACAUAAUUUGAGUGCCAAGCUAGACACAAACUCAUUAAACCACAACAUACACACAGACAUAUUCACAGGUAAACAAACAGACCCAACCCAACACAAAACCGGAAACAGAAAAUUCGCAAAACCGACAACAACAAACGAUUGAAGUAAAACAAAGAACAACGUUUAUCUUUUUUUUUUUGGUUUUAUCCGAGUUUCAAUCAACCGCGAAUUUCUUGGCAAAAACUUUCAAAACAAAUAGGACCCGAAUCAACAUUUCGAGAAACAAAACAAAUGGAAACGUGACUGGGUAGUUCGGAAGAGAGAGAGAGCGAAAACUAAACAGAAAAUUGCUCGCUGCGGUACAUACAACUACACCCAAACAACAGCAAAACACACAAGAAAAUGGAAGGGUAGAAACAAUAGAUUCGAAACGUUGCGAGAGUUUUCGGUGCACAGGACAAGAGAGAGCGAGAGAGAGAGAGAGAGUAAUCGGUGUAAAAUAUUUGAAGCAAACCGGAUGCUGAGAGCGAACAGAGAAAUAAGAAUGAGAAAGUUACUUUCAAACAUGGAGCAUAAAAUAUAUAUUAUUAAUAUUAAUAUUAUUAUGAGAACAAAAUAAUAUUAACAUUUAAAACAAGAAGAAAAAAACAAAUAAUGAUUAUGAAGUAAGAAAAAAAACACACACUGUAGUGCCUGUUCCCAAAAAAAUCAAAGAUAUAAUAUAAAAGAUAGUCGAGGAGAAAUAUCUAGAAGAAAAUAACAAGGAAAGUAAGGAGAGAACAUUCGGGUGAUGUUUUCGAUGAUAUUUUCGGAAGCGAGAGAGCAAAUCACGGAAAACUCGCGAUAGAGAAAGAGAAAGAAAGGGAAAAUUAUGAAACGAGCAAUGCUAUCGGUUGGAAUCUGUAACCUUUCCACAGUUUUUUCGUUCUCUUGAUUUUAGCAAAUAAGUUAAGUAGUUGAAAAUUAUUGCUAAUAAUUUGCCUUAGUUUUGGUCCUUGCUUUAGAAGCGUUCGUUAAAGGAGCAAAUCCCUUUAAAUAUGAUAAAAAUUAAAGAAACGUACGUAGAAGUAACAGCUAUACAAUAGGUUCUAGCUUACUGACCUACAGUUUAAUGAGUAUAAGCAAAAGUUGAUAAGUGAGUUCGAUGGAAGAAAUGAAAAAAUAAACAAAAACACGACGCUAAGUUGCAGUUUUGGCAACGUUCACUAAGCAGUUUAAAAAAAACGCUGUGUAUGAAUCGUUAUUUAUGUUUUCCUAGUAUAGCGGAUUUUCCGCUGGAAAAAAGUGAACGUAGACCUCAAAGUCUUCGGUUUAAAAAGAUAUACAUUUCAUAAUCAUUCGGUUGGGAAAGUGAGCAAUUUAGGCGAUUUUACACAGUCGAUUCCAUCAAUACAGAGCGCGCAAUUCCCACGAUCAAACUGUAGAUAAUGUGCAAAGUUUGUUCGCUUUGAAUUGUUAUAAAAUAUAAUAUUCGCGAUAACAUACGGCGAUUGCACCAACCGAAUGCAACCUUUUGUUUGUUUGUUCACCAUAUUUAAAAAAAAAAACACAAAAAAAAACAAACGCAAUAUUUACCAAGCAGAACGAUUGAAAUUGAUGUUAUGUUGAAAUACCGUUAUUUCUUCUCAAAACAACACAGGAUAAGUGAAAUACAACAGAAAAAAAACAACAAUAGUAAACAGGAUUAUUUACAAACGAUUUUUAUAAUUGAUUUAUUUACAUACAUAACAAAGAUUUACAAACACACACACAAAAAUUAAACGAUCAUUUGUUAGCUCCUCAUUUGUGAAAGCUCCUCAAGUUGUAUCAACAACAACACAAGACAAACAAACAUAUUUAAACAGACGAAACCGAGAAUUGACUGCACAGGUUUUUCAUAUAGGUAUAUACAUAAAACUUAGAAACAGAGAGAGAGAGAGAGAAAGCUAAAACAGAAUUUUCUCUCGUUCGUUGACGGAGAGUGCGUAACGUCAGUUUCAAUUAAAUGCGACAACCAAACAGCCGAACUUCUCACGACACGUCAAAAUACCGAUCGAAACCCGAACGGAGAAUAAAUAAGCAAAAAAGAACACGAGUUUUGUUCAACCGGUAGGCAAUCAUGUCCAUUUCAGUUGGUACAUUAAAUUAGAAACUUUUGGGUAGAGCACUAGCGCGGUUUGAAACUAGAAAUGACCAAAUUUAACUCCCACAAACACUGCUUCAACAAAACAAAACAAAAAAUAAACGAUUAAAGAAAUCGAGAUAUAUCGCGUGAGAUCAAACAAUGGAAGAAAGUAAUUGAGAGAAGAAAAAAACAGCUCACUUACUCACACACUCACAACUUAUAGCUGCCUUUAGAUCCAAAAUCUUAAACGAAACACUAUCACUUCACACAUCCACACACUCACGUGUUAUUAAAGAAAAAAAAACAAACAAGAAAAAUUACUUUGAAUAAAAACUAAUCAACAACAACAAAAACAAGAGAAAAAAGUAUAUAAUCAUAUAGAGAACGAAACUAAAUGGACAUGAUGUAGUGAAAAAUACCAACCAGCAAAACAAGAUAAAUCAACCAGAAC